UCAGUUUGUCAUUUAUCCUGCUAUUAGGCACACGUCAUGUAACAAAAAGGAACGAAUGAGUGUGGGAAAAUAAGUGCGUAAAGUUUGAAUAUUUCAUUGAUUAAAAUUAUACAACAUGGAAAGUGAAAAGAAUACACAAAAUGGAACUGAUGAACUGCCAGCUUCUCAGACCACGAGAAAGAGAAACAAACCCAAUUUUAUAUCGACAUUAUUUAUUUGGUGGAUGUGUCCGGUGUUCAUUAACGGUAACAAAAGAGAUGUGGAAGAAGAAGAUUUGAUAGUUCCCAGUAAAAGAUACGACUCACAAAGACAAGGCGAUUACUUAGAAAGUUAUUGGUUUGAAGAAGUGGAACGAGCAUUAAGACAGAAAAGAGAUCCGUCCUUAUGGUCAGCACUUUGGAGGGCCUACUGGAUGCAGUUCAUGCCAGCUGCGAUUUACGUCAUUAUUAUCACCGUCGCCAGGACCACUCAGCCGCUUGUAUUUGCGCAGUUGUUGUCGUAUUGGUCAGUGGAGAGACCGUUGUCCAGAUAUGAUGCAGGUUUCUACGCAUUCGCCAUGUUGGGCCUCAACUUUAUUGCGUUGAUGUGCCAGCAUCACAACUCCCUCUUCGUGUUUCGGUUCGGUAUGAAAGUAAAAGUUGCGUGCUCAUCACUUUUGUUUAGAAAGUUGCUCCGGCUGAGUCAAGUGUCAGUGGGGGAAGUGGCGGGUGGUAAACUGGUGAAUUUGCUGUCGAACGAUAUCGCGAGGUUCGACUAUGCCUUCAUGUUCUUGCACUACUUGUGGAUCGUCCCGAUCCAAGCCGCUGUUGUGCUCUACUUCUUGUAUGAAGUAGCUGGGUACGCUCCCUUCGUCGGACUGUUCGGCGUUGUGUUAUUCAUCUUGCCACUUCAAGCUGCCCUGACCAAGCUCACUGCUGUGAUCAGAAGAAGUACUGCUGUAAGGACCGAUAAAAGAAUUAAAUUGAUGAAUGAAGUUAUCAAUGGUAUUCAGGUCAUCAAAAUGUACGCUUGGGAAAAGCCCUUCCAGCGGGUUGUUAAAGUAGCGCGAGCCUACGAAAUGAAUGCCCUUAAGAAAUCCAUGUUCGUGAGGAGCAUGUUCAUCGGAUUCAUGUUGUUCACCGAAAAAAGUAUUAUGUUCUUCACCAUAUUGACGCUCGCUCUCACGGACACCAUGAUCUCAGCUACGAUUAUCUACCCUAUACAACAAUUUUUCAGUAUUAUUCAAAUGAAUGUUACUUUGAUAUUGCCAGUUGCAAUUGCGAGCUUUACUGAGAUGCUUGUGUCCUGCGAGCGUAUUCAAAGUUUUCUUAUAUUGGAUGAACGGUCAGACAUGCAAAUUACACCGAAAAUAGUAGGAGCCAACACAAAUUUGGUAAACUCUAAGAAACGAAACUCAGAACCAGGCGACGUAUUGCCAAAGAAAUAUGUUCCUGCUGAUCUAUCGGUUUCAAAGGCUGACGAAACAGUUCAAUCAGAUUAUCCCAUAGAAAUAAACAGAGUUAGCGCGUCUUGGACCAACAGUGAUAAACCGGAAGAAAUGACUCUCAAAAAUAUAAGCAUGCGUGUUCGGAAGGGCAAAUUGUGUGCUGUUAUUGGUCCUGUAGGUUCUGGAAAAACGUCUCUACUCCAACUGCUUUUGAAGGAGUUACCGUUGACGGAUGGUACCCUGAACGUUAGAGGGAAAGUGGCUUACGCUUGUCAGGAAUCAUGGCUGUUCCCGGGCACAGUUCGAGAAAAUAUCUUGUUUGGACUCCCUUACGAUGUGCAAAAAUAUAAAGAGGUCUGCAAAGCGUCCUCGUUGCUGCCAGAUUUUAAACAGUUCCCGUAUGGCGACUUAUCUCUAGUGGGAGAGCGAGGAGUGUCUUUGUCUGGUGGGCAGAGAGCUAGGAUCAACUUAGCUAGAGCGAUAUAUCGAGAGGCUGAUAUUUACCUGCUGGACGACCCUUUGUCGGCAGUCGAUGCUAAUGUGGGCAGACAGCUCUUCGACGGAUGCAUCAAGGGCUACUUGGGCGGGCGCACCUGUGUGCUCGUCACUCAUCAGAUCCAUUACCUCAAAGCCGCUGACUACAUAGUUGUCCUUAAUAAUGGGUCCAUCGAGAAUAUGGGCAGUUACGAAGAGCUCGCGAAAUCUGGAACUGAAUUCUCUCUCUUGUUGUCUGAUCAAGCCGGCAAUGGAGAGACUAGCGAUGCCAAAUCUAGACCAUCAAUGCUCCGAGGUAUAUCAAAAAUGUCAGUUAAGAGCCAAGAUGACGAUGACGAGGAAAAGGCUCAAGUGCUAGAAGCAGAAGAGAGAGGAACAGGCAGUCUGAAGUUUGAGGUCAUUAAGGCUUACUUGAAUUCGGUUCAGUCAUGGACUGUUGUCAUCCUUACGUUGUUGGCGGUACUAUUUACACAGGCAUCGGCUACUACGGCUGAUUACUGGCUUAGUUUUUGGACAAAUCAAGUAGACGAAUACGAACAAUCAUUAGAAAGCGGACAACUCCCUGACACGAGUUUGGACGCUCAAAUCGGACUACUGACAACUGCUCAGUAUCUGAUCAUAUUUGGCAGUGUGAUAUUGGGAAUCAUAAUUAUUUCUCAUCUCAGAAUUCUCUCUUUCGUCAUUAUGAGUAUGCGAGCUUCGAAAAAUCUUCAUAACACUAUUUACGAGCGAUUGAUAAUAGCUGUGAUGAGAUUUUUUGACACUAAUCCUUCAGGACGUGUAUUAAACAGAUUCUCCAAAGACAUGGGUGCGAUCGACGAAUUUUUGCCGAGAAGUUUUCUGGAAACCAUUCAGAUGUACCUCUCUCUUGCGAGUAUCUUGACAUUAAACGCAAUAGCGCUGCCUUGGACACUGAUACCCACCUUUGUGUUAUUAGUUAUUUUCGUAUUUCUGCUGCGAUGGUACUUAAAUGCUGCGCAGGCAGUGAAACGAUUGGAGGGCACAACUAAAAGUCCUGUAUUCGGAAUGGUAAGUUCAACAAUUUCGGGACUUUCGACAAUCAGGAGUGCCAAUUCGCAAACUAGACUUCUCAGAACUUUCGACGGGGCUCAGGACCUGCACACCAGCGCUUUCUAUACAUUUACGGGCGGUUCAUCAGCUUUUGGAAUGUACUUAGAUGGUCUUUGCUUAGCGUAUCUUGGAAUCAUCUUGGCAAUUUUCCUGUUGGGCGAUUUCCUUGACUUUAUUCCGGUGGGCAGUGUGGGAUUAGCCGUAAGCCAGUCUAUGGUUUUGACAAUGAUGUUGCAAAUGGCUGCACGUACAACAGCUGACUUCCUCGGUCAGAUGACAGCAGUUGAGAGAGUUCUCGACUACACAAAGUUACCGACAGAGAAAAAUAUGGAUACAGGACCAACCACGCCUCCCAAUGAUUGGCCUAAGUUAGGGCAAGUGGCAUUCAGUAACGUUUACUUAAACUAUUCGGUAGAGGAUCCACCAGUACUGAAGGAUUUAAAUUUUGUUAUCAACAGCGGAUGGAAGGUUGGUGUAGUCGGAAGAACUGGCGCUGGAAAAUCUUCGCUAAUAUCGGCUCUGUUCCGACUUUCGAAUAUAACCGGUCAAAUCACAAUCGAUGGUCUCGAUACAGAGGGAAUAGCUAAAAAGGUUUUGAGAUCAAAAAUAUCAAUAAUUCCACAAGAGCCAGUCCUGUUCUCAGCCACGCUGCGAUACAAUUUGGAUCCGUUUGACGACUACAGUGAUGAAGAUAUUUGGAGAGCAUUAGAACAGGUGGAGUUGAAAGACGGAAUACAGUCACUCGAAUUUAAAGUAACGGAGGGCGGCAGUAACUUCUCGAUGGGACAACGACAGCUUAUAUGCUUGGCUCGAGCCGUGCUGCGAUCGAAUAAAAUACUUAUCAUGGACGAAGCCACCGCCAACGUCGAUCCACAGACCGACGCUUUGAUCCAAAAGACGAUUCGUCGGGAGUUUGCCACCUGCACAGUGCUCACCAUUGCUCACCGACUGAACACCAUCAUGGAUUCUGAUCGAGUGCUUGUCAUGGACAAGGGUGAAGCGGUAGAGUUCGACCACCCCCACAUCCUGCUCUCUGACCCCAACAGCGUCUUCAGCUCCAUGGUCAGAGAAACUGGAGAAAACAUGGCCAAGAUUCUGUUUGAUGUCGCUAAGAACAAAUAUGACAGCGACAACAAAACUGCCUGAAAAGUAUAUAGAAUCUGAAACACAAAAGUGUGUGUAUUAGAUUAAAAAAUGUAGUUAGUUAAUUAAAGAAAGUAACAAAUUAUGGCAAAACUAACUAAAAUGUUAAAAUGACGAAAGAUAUUUGUAUGACGUGUUAUGUAAAUAAUUAAAGUCAACUUUAACUUACAUGAGACUAUUUAAACUAAGUAAUUCAUCUAAAAAGAUUUUAUUUUCUCCUCAACAAAGAACUGGUAAAGUGCAAGUCUGCAAGUACAUUGUACGUAGCAUGUUUUACAGCAACAUGCAAGAUGAAACUAUUAUCGAACGUCUUAAUGGAACGGAUAGAGAUUUUUUUUUUUUGAAAAUAAUUAAAUUUCGACAAAAAAAGAUUGUUUCACUAAUCACUAUGAUGAUAUUACACAUGGGAGAAUUUUUAUUUUUUAUUUUUUAAUAGAAAUAAAUGGUUUCUUUGCAUCUUACAAGCAAUAUCAAAAAAUAAAGUACUGCCCUCUAUUAA